GGGGUCGGGCCUCCUGGUUUUACCAGCCAAGGCCCCGUCCACACUGCAGGUAGACGGAGGAAGAGGCUGAGCAGCCGCUGCCUGCGGAACGGGCCGAGCCUUUCAACGAAAUACUCAGCCCCAGAGCAUUUUGUGACCAACCAUGAAGAAGCAGCCUAGGGUCCCGGUGGGAAAGGACCCAGGACCACCACCUCGUCUUGUGCCACCUGUCCGCAAGUCAGGAACGGUAUGUUCGUCUUUUGCUACGGGCCCCAGACAAUAUGAUGGAACAUUCUAUGAAUUUCGUACCUAUUAUCUUAAGCCCUCAAAGGUGAAUGAAUUCCUGGAAAAUAUUAAGAGAAACAUUCAUCUUCGGACAGCUCACUCUGAAUUGGUCGGAUAUUGGAGUGUAGAAUUUGGAGGCAGAAUGAAUAAAGUGUUUCAUAUAUGGAAGUAUGAUAAUUUUGCUCAUCGAACUGAAGUCCGAAAAGCCUUGGCCAAAGAUAAAGAAUGGCAAGAACAAUUCCUUAUUCCAAAUUUGUCUCUCAUUGAUAAACAAGAGAGUGAGAUUACUUAUCUGGUACCAUGGUGUAAAUUAGAAAAGCCACCAAAAGAAGGAAUCUAUGAACUGGCUACUUUUCAGAUGAAACCUGGUGGGCCAGCUCUGUGGGGUGAAGCAUUUAAAAGUGCAAUCCAUACCCAUGUGAAUCUGGGCUACACAAAACUAAUUGGAGUGUUCCACACAGAAUAUGGAGUACUCAACAGAGUUCAUGUUCUUUGGUGGAACGAGAGUGCAGACAGUCGUGCAUCUGGGAGACAUCAGUCUCAUGAGGAUCCCAGAGUUGUGGCAGCUGUUCGGGAAAGCGUAAAGUUCCUAGAAACUCAACAGAAUAUGCUUCUGAUACCUACGUCAUUUUCACCAUUGAAAUAGUUUUCUCCUGAAAUAUGAAAUAUUUCAUUAACUGAUAUAAGAAGUAUCUGCUAAUGAUGAUUAAAUUUUCCCAAAAGAGUCUUUCUUUUAUUUGAAGGAGGUGGUAAGUUCAUUCUUUAUGUCCCUUGCAUUUUUUUUAAAGCUACCUCUGUACUUUGUCACCACCACCACCUCUGAAAAUACUUCCGUUCAUUUUCCCCAUGGCAUUUCAGUAUUUGUAAUACAUGUUAAAUGUUUGUCACUACUCUAAGAUCUUAAUGUUUUCAUGUUUCAGUAUAGCUCUUUUUCUAUAUUUUGACAACUGUUUUUUAUAGUAUUUUCUUAUAUUCAAAUGAUGAUGUAACAUUUCCUUUCUUGUGGCAAUAUUUUGUAAUUAUCAAUAUUCAUGUACUUUCUCAUCA